CGUUUCUCGGGCUUCCAUCAAUAACCUCCUGGGGUCAUCAAGCCAAAUUUAUGACUGGCCAACACCGUCACGUGAUUCUAUUUAAACAUCCCAUAUUUGGGCAGCGCACAUAGAAUAAAGAAAAGAAGAAUCUCCACCUAUAAAUUCUGCACUUUAGAGAACAAAAAACCCUGAACUUCAAAAGGGCCACAAAUCAAGCCUAAUCAAAGGGGUGUGAGAGGGAGAGAGAGAAAGAGAGAGAGCGAGAGUGGGGAGGGAAAAAAAAUAUAAUUCCUGACAUGAGUUCCUACGUAGCCAAUUCGUUCUAUAAGCAAAAUCAAAAUGUUCCUGCCUAUUCCAUGCAAAGUUAUGGGAAUUAUGGAUCUGUGUCUGAGGUUCAGCCUUCCAGGUAUUGCUACAGUGGGCUGGAUCUGAGCAUUACAUUCCCUUCAUCUGGGGCUUCCAACUCUCUGAACGGUGUGGACAUGUCUUCAAGCCCUAGACCUAACCCCGACCGACCUUCCUGUACAGUCAUGGGAUCCGCAGGGCACACUUUAGGCAGAGACGACCAGACCUCUCUAAACCCAGGAAUUUACAGUCAGAAAGCUUGUGGCACCACCACAGCCACCACCAGCAGCAGCAACAACAGUACGCCGUUGGAAGAUAGAUCUAAGAGCAGUGGGGAAAUCAAGAGUGAACCGGUGCAAACAGCUCAGCAAAGCGGGCAGUCCAUGCACCAACAACAGCAGCACCACCAGCAACAGCAGCAGCAGCAGCAGCAGCCACCACAAAUUUAUCCGUGGAUGACCAAACUACACAUGAGCCACGAAGCAGAUGGCAAACGUUCCAGAACCAGCUACACUCGCUACCAAACUCUGGAACUAGAGAAAGAAUUUCAUUUUAACAGAUAUCUCACCCGCCGGAGGCGCAUAGAGAUCGCCAACAACCUAUGUUUGAAUGAGAGGCAAAUCAAAAUAUGGUUUCAAAACCGGAGGAUGAAGUGGAAGAAAGAUUCCAAAUUGAAAAGCAAAGAGUCUCUCUAGGAACAUCCAUGUGUAUCACAAGGGCAGCACUUCUACCAAGACGUUCCUUUGCAUCCUUGGAUCCUUGACUGGGG